UGUAAAGUUGGUUUAUUAUUUUUGCGCCACAUUUCUUCCACCCCCAACAGUCUCCCAACUCAUCACGUCUUCUAAGCAAACCAAAAACCCCCAAAUUCCAAAACCACCACUUCGAUCCGAUUAACAAAUCAAUCAAUAUGGCAACAAUCGGACACAAUAAUCUCAAUGCAAAACUGGUUUUGCUCGGAGACAUGGGUGCCGGUAAAUCAAGCCUCGUUUUACGCUUCGUCAAAGGCCAAUUUCUAGAAUUUCAGGAAUCGACGAUUGGAGCGGCGUUUUUUUCGCAGACGUUAGCGGUGAAUGAUGCGACGGUGAAGUUUGAGAUCUGGGAUACUGCAGGGCAAGAGAGGUAUCAUAGUUUGGCUCCGAUGUAUUACCGGGGUGCUGCGGCUGCGAUUAUUGUCUACGAUAUUACUAGCGCGGAUUCAUUCACACGGGCUAAAAAGUGGGUCCAAGAGCUUCAAAAACAAGGUAAUCCUAACAUGGUUAUGGCACUUGCCGGCAACAAAGCUGAUCUGGAAGACAAGAGGAAAGUGACACCAGAGGAAGCUCGUGCAUAUGCGGAUGAAAAUGGUCUUUUCUUUAUGGAGACAUCUGCCAAAACUGCUGCUAAUGUUAAUGACAUAUUUCAUGAAAUAGCAAAGAGACUCCCUCGAGCUCAACCUACUCAGAACCCAGCCGGUAUGGUUCUCGUGGACAGACCUGCUGACGGAGCCCGUGCUGCAUCAUGCUGUUCAUAAGUAUGUCUUAAUGGUAACUAUGAUACGCGUGUGGAAGCAGUCUUCACUUUUGUCGAAUCCGGGCAUUCUCUAUUAUCUGAUAAAGAUUGUAAAUUUGUGACGCGUUUGGUGGCAUUUCUUGUUUGAACUUGUAAAUGAUGACGUGUAUGAGUAAUUCUUGUUAUGAAGAUGGUAUUUGUGUUGGUGUUCUAACA